AGGAAGCCAGAUCCUCUUCAUGAAGAGUCUGGAGCUGGGACAGCAGCAUUUAGCCAGCACAGCUGAAAGGAAUGAAGUGAGAGAAACACCACCAAAGGCUAAAGUCCCCACACGAUUCAAGAGGAAAAAGAAGAAAGAGGGUCUCCCAGGUCCAAGAAUUGCAUCUUCUUGGGAAUUUCCGUCUCUGAGAAUCUAAGAAAGCCCAGAUCAAAUGAAAUUGCUGUGGAUUUGCAUUAAAGAGAAAUAAUUCAUAGCAUUUCCUAGCACUUAAUCACAAUGAAGAGGAAAAGCCCUCCUUGGGCCAGGGAUAAGCUCUGCUGGGUUCCAGUCUUGUCUCUGUCACCAACUUGCUCAGAAGAUUUGGACAGGUCACUUCUCCUCCCCAGGCCUCUGUCACAUUUGUGGACACUGAGAGGGUGCAGCAACUUCAGAAAAAUCCCUCAUGCACAACCGGACAUUUGAGGCCCUCACCCACUACCUGUCCAGCUCUGACCUUCUGUCUUCUAAGACACCCCCUACUGUCUCUUUCCAUCAUUUUUCUCUUGCACAGGUAUGUUCUUCUAUUAUGCAAUGGGAACUUGACCACAUAUUAGAUGCCCAGGACUCUUCCCAAAGAGCCUGAUGCGCUGCUCAGUACUUUGCUGAUGGCAGAGGGGAUAUCACAUGGAAAAAGCCAAUGAGACCUCCCCUGUGAUGGGGUUCGUUCUCCUGGGGCUCUCUGCCCACCCAGAGCUGGAAAAGACAUUCUUCGUGCUCAUCCUGCUGAUGUACCUCGUGAUCCUGCUGGGCAAUGGGGUCCUCAUCCUGGUGACCAUCCUUGACUUCCACCUGCACACGCCCAUGUACUUUUUCCUAGGGAACCUCUCCUUCCUGGACAUCUGCUUCACUACCUCCUCAGUCCCAGUGGUCCUGGACAGCUUUUUGACUCCCCAGGAAACCAUCUCCUUCUCAGCCUGUGCUGUGCAGAUGGCACUCUCCUUUGCCAUGGCAGGAACAGAGUGCUUGCUCCUGAGCAUGAUGGCAUUUGAUCGCUAUGUGGCCAUCUGCAACCCCCUUAGGUACUCCGUGAUCAUGAGCAAGGCUGCCUACGUGCCCAUGGCUGCCAGCUCCUGGGCUAUUGGUGGUGCUGCUUCCGUGGUACACACAUCCUUGGCAAUUCAGCUGCCCUUCUGUGGAGACAACGUCAUCAACCACUUCACCUGUGAGAUUCUGGCUGUUCUAAAGUUGGCCUGUGCUGACAUUUCCAACAAUGUGAUCAGCAUGGAGGUGAUGAAUGUGAUCUUCCUAGGAGUCCCGGUUCUGUUCAUCUCUUUCUCCUAUGUCUUCAUCAUCACCACCAUCCUGAGGAUCCCCUCAGCUGAGGGGAGGAAAAAGGCCUUCUCCACCUGCUCUGCCCACCUCACUGUGGUGAUCGUCUUCUACGGGACCUUAUUCUUCAUGUAUGGGAAGCCUAAGUCUAAGGACUCCAUGGGAGCAGACAAAGAGGAUCUUUCGGACAAACUCAUCCCCCUUUUCUAUGGGGUGGUGACCCCGAUGCUCAACCCCAUCAUCUAUAGCCUGAGGAAAAGGAUGUGAAGGCUGCUGUGAGGAGCCUGCUGAGACCAAAAGGCUUCAUUCAGUGAUGGUGGAGGGGUCCUCUGUGAUUGUCACCCACAUGGAAGUAAGGAAUCACAAUCACAUCAGCUGCCAUUCAAAAGCCAAGUCAUGUGACCUAUAAUGGUUUCUCACUCUAAGUCCAUUUGCAGGAGAUAUUAAACUUUUCAGACGAUAUCUCCUGAGUUUUAGUCCUAUGUCUGACAGCUUCAACAGACACCAGACUCAAUAAAUAAUCAACUGUGAUGAAGGCAUUCUGAACAUACGGUGAAACCACACGAGACAGCAGCCAUGAAAGCAUGACGCAUGGCCCUUAGAGUGUCUCAGCUCUAGAGUUAGAACACGGACGUGAGAAGGUUCUCACAGCAACUUACCAGCCCUACUGGAUUCACCAGGGAAAUCAGAGAAAUAAGGAGGCAGUGGAAACUUUUACUGAGGCUUCAGUUUAUUACACUCAGUUUGCCUGAAUGGCUAGGAAAAGGUAAGUUCUUCACUUAGGGAGCUUUUAGUUGUGAAUAAUCUAUUUUGAUGGCUGAAUAUCUUUUUAGCUAUGAGAAAAUUUAAGCUAUUUUUUCUUGAUGCACUGCAGAUCAUUGAACACCACCUAGUAAAUUAAAUAAAAUUCAAGGAGUAAUGAGUUCAAAUUUGACGUUCUUACAGAAUUUCACAACAGGAAAGCUUGUAUUCUGAUAGAUGCCAAAUCAUGUUCUAGAAAAAAGAUGAUGAUAAAUAGAUAGAUAUAGGUAGAAGUAGACAGAUGGUGGCUACACAUGUUUGAAGACUUUGGGUCUAAUUUCUUUUUUUUUUUUUUUUUUUGAGACAGAGUCUCGCUGUGUCACCCAGACUAGAGUACAGUGGUGCAAUCUCGGCUCACUGCAACCUCUGCCUCCCAGGUUUAAGCAAGUCUCAUCCCUCAGCCUCCUGAGUAGCUGGGACUACAGGCAUACACCACCAUGCCCGGCUAAUUCUUGUAUUUUUAGUAGAGACAGGGUUUCACCAUUUUGGCCAGGCUGGUCUCAAACUGCUGGCCUCAAGUGAUCCGCCCGACUCAGCCUCCCAAAGUGCUGGGAUUACAAGCGUGAGCCAUAGUGUCCUAGCCUAUGGGGCUAAAUUUUCAUAGGUUUCUUUGUUCCAAGACUUCUCAGAGCCUUUAUUAUGCAAAGGUCCACUGUGAAUGUUCAACAGGGUAUAAAGUUGUAGCAUUUCCUGAGCCUCCAAAGUUCAGCACAGUAAAAAUUGGGAAGCUUUUUUUUUUUUUUUUGAGACAGAGUCUUGCUCUGUCAUCCAGGCUGGAGCGCAAUGGUACGACCUCGGCUCACCGCAACCUCCGACUCCCAGGUUCAAGCGAUUCUCCCACCUCAGCCUCCCGAGCAGCUGGGAUUACAGGCACCUGGCAUCAUGCCCAACUAAUUUUUGUAUUUUUGUAGAGAUGGGUUUCACCAUGUUGGCCAGGCUGGUCUGGAACACCUGACCAAGUCCAAGGUGAACUCCUGACCAGGCCGAGGUGAUCCACCCACCUCAGCCUCCCAAAAUGCUGGGAUUACAGGCCUGAGCCACCGCGCCAGGCCAGUGUUUUUUUACCUAAGGGUUUGGGCAGAUUCCUUAACCUCUUUUGCCUAUCUAUUCAUAGACACAGAAGACAUACAAGAGGUUCAGAAAUUGCUGUGGAUGAAAAGCAGCAGUUUCAUGGCAAGUUAUAUCAAAGUCUGAGACUAUCAAAAGACUUAUUUAAAAGGAAACUUUAGAAAGUGAAUCUGAUUUUAAGAAUAGUUCUUGGAAUAUUUUUGCUUCAAGUGAUAUAUUUAAGUUUUCUUAUAUUUGUUAAGAAUGAAUUGGAUCACUCGAGCUCAGGAGUUCAAGACCAGCCUGCGCAACAUAGUGAGACCUUAUCUCUAUUAAAAAACAUUGAAUUGCAUAAGAUAAGGAUGUAUAUUUUGCUAAUAAAAUUUCACUAUAUUGUGUUA